AUGGGUUGAAUUGGGAAAUUCUUCCCUUUUGAGAUUGUGAAUGUCGAUAUUCUGGUUCACAACAUGACCAACCGCAACAUUGAUGUUUCUCAGGUAGAAGGGCCUAAUAAUCCACAGCCUGUUGCCUCCGGGGAUCCGGAUCAGUCUCGCGGGGGCAAUAAGGUUUACAAAAGCGGUCCCCUGUAUAUAUCAUCCAAAGGUAUUGGAUGGACUUCUUGGAAGAAAAGGUGGUUCAUUUUAACACGCACCUCAUUAGUCUUCUUUAGAAGUGAUCCUAAUGCGGUCCCAUUGAAAGUAGGUGAAGCGAAUUUAACACUUGGGGGUAUCGAUCUCAACAGUUCAGGCAGUGUGCUUGUCAAAGAAGAUAAGAAGCUACUGACUGUACUCUUUCCUGAUGGUCGUGACGGGCGAACUUUCACUCUUAAGGCUGAAACAUCAGAAGACUUGCUUGAGUGGAAGGCUGCACUAGAAGAAGCUUUGGUAAAUUCCCCAAGUGCUACUCUCAUUGUGGGACAAAAUGGAAUAAUCAGGAAUGAUCAAACAAAUGCGGUUGAUGUUUCCUCAGAACAAUCCAAGGACAAAUCACCUGUGAAAUCUUUGGUCAUUGGUCAGCCAGUUUUACUUGCUUUGGAAGGUAUAGAUGGGACUCCGUCAUUUUUGGAGAAAGCUCUUAGGUUUGUAGAAGAACAUGGAGUUAAAGUUGAAGGUAUCUUGCGGCAAGCCGCAUAUGUUGAUGAUGUUGAGCGUCGGAUCCGAGAGUAUGAAAAAGGGAAAAUUGAGUUUUCUGCCGAAGAGGAUGCACAUGUCAUAGCUGACUGUGUCAAGUAUAUACUCCGGGAGUUACCAUCAUCUCCAGUUCCUGCAUCUUGUUGCAAUGCUCUGUUAGAAUCUUGCCGAGUUGAGCGUGGUAUGAGAGUAAGUGCUAUUCACUCAGCUAUACUGGAGACUUUUCCUGAGCCAAAUCGACGUUUAUUACAAAGAAUUCUUGUAAUGAUGAGAAAUGUGGUUUCUCACAAGAACGAGAACCGGAUGAGCACUUCAGCUGUUGCUGCUUGCAUGGCGCCUUUGCUACUGCGUCCUCUAUUAUCUGGAGAGUGCGAACUUGAACAUAACUUUGAUAUGGGUGGCGAUGGCUCUAUUCAACUUCUGCAAGCAGCUGCCGCAGCAAACCAUGCUCAAGCUAUUGUCAUCACUUUGCUAGAAGAGUAUGAUAAGAUUUUUGGGGAAGGCUCUGUGCAAACUGAACUCUACUCUGACUCAGAUGGUAGUGAAAGCGGUAGUGAAGAAAUUACUGAUGAUGAUGGAAACUAUGAAGGUAGUGAUUAUGAUGAUGACAACGAAGAGGAAGAAGAUGAAGAAGGGGAUAGUGCUGAAGAGGGGUCUGAUGCAGAAAUAACAAAUAAUUCUGAGCACGCAUCUAGAGCUACUAGUCAGACUGGUGAAAAUGAAGGUGCUAGCAAGGUCUCUAGUCCCAAGUCACCUGAAGCAUGCAAUGCUCUUGAAGUUAAUAACAAAUCUCAACCAGUAGCCCUUCAAACAUCUGUAAAGCAAGAAACACCUACGAGGCCAGAAACUGAACCCAAGGCAGAAAAUGCAGAUUCGUCCCCUUCUAAAAAAUCUACGGAUGCAUCUCAUGCCAAGAAGAACCACUCCGUGGAAUCUGUUAAUACCCCCCUUGAUGAUGAUGCUGAAAUCCAGAAGCUUGAGGCCAUGAAUACUGACUUACGAAACAGAAUCACCAAAGAGGCUAAGGUGAAUGCAGAUCUUCAAGAAAGUAUGGAGAAACAGAAGAAUACCUUGCAUGAGCGCCGUCUAACUCUAGAGAAAGAAGUUGCAAGGCUUCAGGAUCUAUUGGAGAAGGAACAGGAGCUGAGGGUGAUACUGGAAGCCAGACUUAUCAAUCCUCAAGGAUCAUUGUCCAUACCUUCCAGUAUCAGCAAAGCUGUGAAAGCAAAGCUGGAAGAGAUUGCUCAAGCCGAGGCAGAUGUUAUGAAUUUGAAACAGAAGGCCGCUGAUAUCGAAGCAGAACUCAAUGAGCAGAGAGAACACAACUCCAGAAAGGAGAAAGCAGAAAGUGACAGGGACAAGAAAAGUGAAGUUCAGCCAUCAGCGAAUAAACCGAUGCUGAAUUUUAACUCUCCUGCAGCUUCAUUCGCUGCCUCUGUUGAAUCUUUGCUGGCUGUGAAGGGGCCUUCCUCUUCUUCUUCUUCUUCAUCAACCAAUUCCAAGAAAUCUGGCUCGAAAAAUGAGGGGGCGACAGCGACUUCAGCACUGUCAAAGCUAACGAACCGGCUCAACUUCUUGAAAGAACGCAACACUCAAGUUGGAAAUCAGGCCCAACCACUUGACAAGGAGAGGAAUUCUGGGCAGCCUGCCUGGUCGAUUGAGAGAAAAGGGUCAGACCCUCCCCCAUCCUUGCAAAACAUAUUCGAAAGCAGCCCUUCUUCAUCAGAACAUAGAGACCCAAACAGCAACCAAGCUGCUGUACAGAAUGUGGAUGGUCAACAAUCACUUCAAACUCCUCAAGAUACAUCAAGGAGCUCAGAUGGGCUUAAUACUAAUAACAACAACAAUAAUAGUAGUAAUAACAACAACAAUUAUAAUAGCAACAACAACAACAACAACAAUAAUAAUAUGGACCGUGAUAAAACAGAAAGUUUCCCUGAGAAAAGCCGAAAUAAGGUGCCCCCUAGGACAGCUUCCAGAUGAUACACCUUGGUGAUGCUGAAGCCAUUCCUUUUGGUUUUUGGUUUUCUUUUUUUCUUGCAUUAACCACAUUAUAGCAUCUGAUGUAUUUGUUCGGGGACAACAACACUGGAAGAUGAUUAGCAAGCUUUCCAAAUUUGUUGUCCUUGAACCAUUGCACCAGCUUCCAUUCCAUUCCCUGCUGGUGCUGAAUGAGUAUAUAUGUCUGGAGCAAAGCGUGGUGCCCUUUUUUGGGUGUAGCAAAAUGCCUAUUGGAUCAAUAGAGAUUCUAAUUUUUGUUGGUUUUUGUUUUCAAGUACAGUUAGAUAUAGUGGCUCACGCUCAUUAUCAAAUCUUUGUUUCAAGUGUUCCUAGAAUCUUGAAAUGCUGACACGAAGAGCCUUUGUAAAGAAAGACAUGUUCUCAUU